GUUACUUCAUUUUCCGGGAGGUUCUCAUGUUAUACAUUUGGUGGUUCAUUCUCAUUUAUCUUCUGUCUCCUCUUCAGGCAAGACUGAAUGAUCUAAUGGAGGCUAAGGGUGGCAAAAAGUCUAGUAGUAAAACCAAAUUCUAUGAAGCUCCUCUAGGUUACAGCAUUGAAGACGUCCGUCCUCACGGUGGAAUUAAGAUAUUCAGAUCUGCAGCCUACUCCAACUGCGUGCGGAAGCCAUCCUGACGUUCUUUUAAAGUGUGAUAUAUCUACCUGACGUAGUUCACAGUAGUUACUGCUUUAGUUUGGAAGUUUUUAUCACUUUGUUCUUCUUCCCAGUCUCCUCUUUUUGGCAACCUUAUUUCUUCCCUCUAAGCAGAGAUGGCAUUGCCCAUCUCUCCAUUUGGAUUCAAAGGCUAUGAGAAGAGGCUUGAAAUAUCAUUCUUCGAGCCAAGCAUCUUUGCAGAUCCUGGAGGAGAGGGCCUACGAUCUCUUUUCAAAGCUCAAUUGGAUGAAAUACUAAAACCAGCUGAGUGCACCAUAGUUGCGUUACAGUCAAAUGCAAAUGUUGACUCUUAUAUCCUCUCAGAAUCUAGCCUUUUUAUAUACCCUUACAAGAUCAUCAUCAAGACCUGUGGCACUACAAAGCUGCUUCUCUCAAUCCCAUCCAUCCUCAAGUUGGCCAACAGCUUAUCCCUCACUGUAAGAGCUGUGAAGUACACGCGUGGGACCUUCACAGUUCCUGGGGCUCAGCCAUUUCCUCAUCGCAACUUCUCCGAGGAAAUAGUUGUCCUUGACAAGUACUUUGGCAAUCUUGGUUCCGGCAGCAAAGCGUAUGUGGUGGGGAAUCUGAUCAAAUCACAGAAGUGGCAUGUUUACUCUGCAAGUGCGGAGGUGGUUAACCACUACGAACCAGUUUAUACCCUGGAAAUGUGCAGGACUGGUUUGGACAAGAAGUUGGCAUCCAUCUUCUACAAGACCGGAGCAAGUUCAGCUGCGAAGAUGACUGACAUGUCUGGUAUAAGGAAGAUACUUCCGGAUUCUGAGAUAUGUGACUUUGAGUUUGAGCCAUGUGGUUACUCCAUGAAUGCCAUUGAAGGAGCUUCGGUUUCCACCAUUCAUGUCACACCAGAAGAUGGUUUCAGUUACGCAAGCUUUGAAGCUGUAGGUUAUGAUUUGAAGGCUGUGAAUCUGUCACAGUUGGUUGGGAUGGUGUGAUCAAGGAAGUCGGGUGGGAGUUCCCACUUGACGUACUGGGAUAUAGACAUGGAGAAAAGACCUACCAGUCGCUUGCAAUAGGUGGUGCCGUUGUGUAUCAAAGUUUCACUUGGGCUGGCAACUGCUGGUCUCCCAAGUCAAGUCUGAAAUCCUGCGGGAAAGAGGAGGAAGAUAAAAUAAAACAGAAUUGUUUACACUUAACAGUUUAGGGUCUGGCCGCGUUUUGGUCUUCGUUUAGUUUUGAGCUGGGUAAUUGUUUAGUCUAGUUGUGUAUUUUGAUUAUGAUCAUACUUUUAUACGAGGCAGUGGACCUACUUGUUCUGUUAUAAUUCGUAUUUGGCGUGUGGAGUAAAACCUAUCGUUAUGGAUUAUGGUUUUUA